GCGCUACCAAAUUCUAGUUUUCAUUAUAACCUCACAUAUGUGAGCAGUAUAUAUUACUUCUCAGACAACCUCAGCACACAAGUAUUUUCACACCAAACGUAAACCUAACAAAGGCUGAAGGUACAUCAUAAUCUGAGUAGAAAUGCCUUUCUCUCCACUGGAAAUACUAGAUGAAGACUAUUCAGGUCUUUUUCCGGAAUCAGUUGAGAAGUAUCGUGGAAACGUCAGCAAAAAAGAGGUGAAAAACAAUCGAUAUGACAAAAGCGUUACUAAAGUUCAUGUAGAUGACAAACAACUUUUGGAUAGUGAGAAGGAAAACUCAAGAAAUUACUCACCGAUCAAUCAAGCAAUUUCUGGGGAUGGAAGCGAACAGUUCAGCUCUCAAGAUGAGUCAAAAACAUUUGAAGAUAAUCAAUUGACCAAUGAUAAUUCUUCAAUUGUGGAAUGUUCUGGAAUUGGUAGUCAUGAAAAAAAGUUGGAGGAAAAGGAAGAAGAAGGAUCAAAUGACAACUUACAGCGUAAAACAUUUCAUCAGACAAAUGAAGCACGUUGUACACCAACAAGUAUAAGUAGUAUGAAGGAUGGUACAUCAACUUGUAGUGAUGUAAAUGACAAUAGUUCAUUUACUGAAAAUACAAAG